UCUGACUGGCAUUUUUGAGUUGACCAAAAGCAUGAGCAAGCGGCCUUGCGUGGCGCCGAAGGCGGUCGUCCACCACACUGGCGUCGUUGCCCACAUCGCCCACUGCUUGGCUUCGACCAAGGACGUCCUCUCGCUGCUCGAGGCGCUGCCACGUCACGCGCUCGACGCGCCAUUGGCUGCGCUCCAGACGCUCUUGACAACACCAGAGACCUUGCGCGUCGUAGCGAGGUACUGGCCGCGGGCCUGCAUCGAAGAGUUUGAUGGUGGCGACACUGUGACGGUGCUUGCUGCGCUGCCAAUCUUUCGCUCGAUUUCCAUCGAGCGUCUUCAGAAGCUCCACGAUGUGCUCCGAGACGCCAGCAGCGAGCCUGCGACGACUUUGUACGCAGCCACGAUCGACUUCGCUUCCAAGUGGGGCCACAAAGUCGCGUCCAUCGACAACAUAGUACUGAGAGAAUCUGACGACAUGGACGCACUCCCGCGCACUCUCCGGCUUUGUACGGGUCUCGACUCGAUCGACGUCAGUAUCGACACGUCGGAUGCGGCUUCUGUUGCAAGUAUUUUGCAUGCGGCGCAGCACGUCAAGCGCAUAACACUCUCAGCGCACAGCGACAACGGGUACGACUGCGGUGACUGGCGACCGCUUUUUGCCGAUUGGCUUGCGUCCGGACAUGCGACGCACCUCUGCCUUGACCGGCUCAUGUGCGAUGACACUGUCGGCUUUGUACGAGCCAUUGCAGCCGCGACGUCACUCACGAGCCUUCACCUCGACAAUGCCUCACGCUUGAUGCAAGGACUCGUUGACGCCGCUACCCCGCUCAAGGCCAUCACGCAGCUACGCCUUUGCGUGCCACACGACGACAUUUUCGCCGAGCCAUUCGUGUCCAGCUUGGUCAACAGCUCGGCGCUUCGAACCCUCGAGCUCGACACUCUAAGCGAAAACGGACCCGAAGUCGACUUGUCGUUUGUUCUGACGCUGCUACCGCGACUCGUCGUGCUCGAAAAACUCUCGAUCGAGACGUGUGUGCUGCGCGCCGAGCCUGCGUUGCUUGUGGCGCCGGCGCCGCGCCACCUGCGGACGUUGAAUGUGCAGUAUUGCGUCAUACAAGACGACGACAUGUGGCUUGGUCUUUUCCAUUGGACCUCGCAGUCGCCGUGCCUCACGACCGUCACGCUCAAUUUUUGCAACCUGGUGUCCAACAAGCCGGCUCUUUUCGCUGGCUACCUUCGCCAAUGGAUCACCGGCGGCGUCACUUCUGUUGAUCUCGUCAACUGUGAUCUGAACGAGAAGAGCGUCAUUGCCAUUGCGACCGCGCUCUGCCACACGCACCGCACGUCGUCGUCGACGUUCAGACUGUGGCUCGACUUUGACCCACUACUAGUAGGUCUCAACUCGUACCAAGUGCUUUUUGAGGCACUCGCCACGUGCACGGGCGUCAAGAUCGAGGUGUUUCAAGACCGGUCUUUAGAGCGUGAAAGGAUCACCGAGCUUACGUCGGCGCUGCAUCUGCGACUUGAAGCCAUCGACACGCAAAGAAUUAUCGUCUACAGCCCCUAAAAAGCAUUGAUCGAUGUAAACCUCAACUUUGGAAAUUUGAACAAAGG